UGUUACGUAAUCUGGCAGCGAUGGGCGGCGGCGGCGUGCGCCGGCCGCUGCCGGGCAGCAGCAAGAGCAGGAGCACUGUGCUUCUGGCGUCUCGACAAUCCUCGCGGGCGGCCAAGGCCAAGGCGGAGGACGAAGCGGCGAGGGCCGCGAGGCUGCCAAAUCGAAGGGGCGGCAGACCCCUUGCGGGGCCGCGGACGCUGCCCGCCAAGCGCGUGGGCCUGUACGACCCGGCGCUGGAGAAGGACUCCUGCGGCGUGGGCCUGGCCGUGCAGAUGAAGAGCGUUGCGUCUCGACAGAUCGUCGUCGACGCGAACGAGAUGCUUGUGCGCAUGACCCACCGGGGGGCCUGCGGCUGCGAGGAGAACACGGGGGACGGCGCGGGCAUCCUGGUAGCCGUGCCGGACGGCUUCCUGCGUAAGGCGGCCCAAGAGGCCGGGAUCGGGGAGCUCCCGCCCGAGGGGGAGUACGCGGUCGGGAACAUCUUCGUGCCCAAGUUCGAGAACGCGAUCCCGGAGGCGAAGGCUAUCGUUGAGCGCGUCUGCAAGCAGCGCGGCAUGAAGGUGAUCGGGUGGAGAGACGUGCCCUACGACAACUCGAUGAUCGGAGACACAGCCAAGGGCACGGAGCCGCACGUGGUCCAGGUGUUCGUCGAGAACUCCGACAGGAGGCCUAGCUGGGACUUCGAGCGCGAGCUCUACCGCGUCCGCAAGGCGGCCACCAAGGAGGCCGACUCCGUCCCAGUGCUGACGGUUUCGGACACGCAGAGCUUCUACGUGUGCAGUCUCAGCGCUAAGACCAUCACCUACAAGGGACAGCUGUCGCCCGAGCAGGUCAUGCCCUACUACUUGGACCUGCAGCAGCCGGACUUCACGUCCCAUCUUGCCCUGGUGCACUCGCGCUUCUCCACCAACACCUUCCCCUCUUGGAACCGCGCCCAGCCGAACCGCAUGAUGUGUCACAACGGCGAAAUAAACACCCUACGCGGCAACAAGAAUUGGAUGCACGCCCGCGGCGGCCUGCUCCACUCGGAGUACUUCGGCGACGAGACGGCAAACCUACUCCCCGCGUGCUCGGACAACAUGUCCGACUCUGGUAACUUCGACUCAGUUCUAGAGCUCAGCGUCAAGGCCGGCGACCGCGAGAUACCGGAGGUGAUGAUGUCCAUGGUGCCGGAGGCCUGGCAGGACAACGCAUUCCUCUCGGACGCCAAGGCCGCCUUCUACGAGUACAACUCAUGCAGCAUGGAGCCGUGGGACGGGCCUGCCAUGAUGGCCUUCACGGACGGCCGCUACAUCGGGGCCACGCUGGACCGCAACGGACUCCGCCCGUCGCGGUACUACGUGACCGACGACGACCGCGUUCUCCUGUCCUCUGAGGGGCGCGUUCUCGGUUCUCUGAGGGAGGGGGGUCUGUGGGUGGGCGUGCUGCCCAACCUGCCAGACGAGAGCGUGGUGAAGAAGGCCCGCCUGGAGCCCGGCAAGAUGUUCCUCGUGGACCUGGACGUGGGAGAGAUCGUGCCCGACGACAUCGUCAAGGAGAAGUACGCCAACCGCCUGCCGUACGCGGAGUGGCUCGAGAAGAACUUGAUCAACAUCAAGGGCUGGACGGAACACAGCCAGGGCGUCGGCACCAAGGUGCCCGGCUUCAACCUCGAGGACUCUGUUCGGCGGUUCAACAUGUUUGGAUUCACCGGCGAGACGAUGGACAUGCUCCUCAUGCCCAUGAUCAUCGGCGGCCGCGAGGGCCUCGGCUCCAUGGGCAACGACGCCCCCCUAGCCGUGCUGUCCCACACGCCCCGGCUGUUGUUCGACUACUUCAAGCAGCUCUUCGCGCAGGCAAGGGUGACCAACCCCCCCAUCGACCCUAUCCGUGAGGAGAUGGUGAUGUCUCUCGUGUGCCCCGUCGGGCCCGAGGCGAACGGCUUGGUGGUGGGCCCGGAGCACUGCGCCCGCCUGGUGAUCGAGAACCCCAUCCUCACGCUCGAGGAGAUGCAGGCUCUGAAGGAUACGGAGUACAAGGGAUGGAAGACCCAGGUGCUCGACGCGACCUUCCCCGUCAGCUCGGGCCCCGAUGGCCUCAUGGAGGCCUUGGACAACAUCUGCAUGGAGAGCUCGGAAGCCCUUCGCGGCGGCAACUGCCAGGCGGUGAUCCUGUCCGACCGCUUGGCCGGACCCGACCGUCUUCCGGUGCCCUCCCUGCUCGCGGUAGGGGCGGUGCACCAACACCUCCUCACGACGAAGCAGCGGCUGAAGGGGGCCAUCUUUGCCGAGAUGGGCGACGCGCGCGAGGUCCACGACAUGGCCACCCUUAUCGGGUACGGCGCCGACGGCGUGGCUCCCUACAUGGCCUACGAGGCGAUCGCGAAGAUGAACAACGAGGGUCUCGUGUCGGCGAAGGCGAAGGAGGACUACAGCGACCAGGACCUGUUCUCGGCCUACCGCAAGAGCAUCGCCAAGGGCAUCCUCAAGGUCAUGUCCAAGAUGGGCAUCUCCACGCUGCAGUCCUACAAGGGAGCCCAGGUGUUUGAGGCGGUGGGUCUGGCGGACGAGAUCGUCGACCGCUGCUUCACGGGCACGACGUCCCGUCUCCGGGGCACGGACUUCUCGUCGCUCUACAUGGACAUCUGCCGCCUCCACCAGAAGGCCUACCCGCCGAACACGUCGAACCUGCCGCUCCUCGACAACCUCGGGCAGUUCCACUACCGCGAUGGCGGAGAGGCCCACCUGAACAACCCGGAGACCAUGGUCUACCUCCAGAUGGCCGCGCGGAACAACUCUCGCGAAGCUUACAAGAGCUACUCGGACGCCGUCACCUCUGCCACCGAGCGCGUUGCCCUCAGGGGUCUUCUUCGGUUCAAGGACGAGCCGUCGCUGUCGAUUCCACUAGAGGAGGUGGAGCCGGUUGGCGAGAUCAUGAAGCGGUUCAACACCGGGGCCAUGUCCCUCGGUUCCAUCUCGCGCGAGACUCACGAGACGCUGGCGCAGGCGGUGAACGAGAUCGGCGGGCGUUCCAACACCGGAGAGGGAGGCGAGGACGCCGAGCGCUUCACGGACAACCGGCGGUCGGCGAUCAAGCAGGUGGCCUCGGGGCGUUUCGGCGUGACGUCCAACUACCUCGCCAACUCGGACCAGAUCCAGAUCAAGAUGGCGCAGGGGGCCAAGCCUGGAGAGGGCGGCGAGCUCCCCGGUUCCAAGGCGAGUGUGUGUCGGCAGGAGGUGACCAAGUACAUCGCCCAGAACCGACACACCACUCCGGGGGUGGGCCUUAUCUCCCCCCCCCCUCACCACGACAUCUACUCCAUCGAGGACCUGGCGCAGCUGAUCCACGACCUCAAGAACGCCAACCCCAAGGGGGAGGUGUCCGUCAAGCUAGUGUCAGAGGUGGGUGUCGGCGUUGUUGCGGCAGGCGUCGCCAAGGCCAAGGCGGACCACAUCACCGUCUCCGGGCACGACGGAGGGACUGGCGCAGCGGUGUGGACGGCCAUCAAGGGGGCCGGCCUCCCGUGGGAGCUCGGGGUGGCUGAGGCGCAGCAGACGCUGGUCCUCAACGACCUUCGCUCGCGCGUACGACUGCAGACAGAUGGCCAGCUCAAGAACGGUGCGUGACCAACUUCAAGGGCGGCAUUGACCUUUUGCAUUGCAUGAUAUCUAUUUAGUUGUAGUACGUCACUGGUUUUGUAGAGAGACGCGGCAGAGAUGGCGCGGAUAACCCAGGUGCCUUGAUUGUGUAGCCUGCAUCGUGGAAGACCCCUUCAAUGUGGAACGAUUCCUGGUCAGUGUCGAUGUUUACACUGCUGUGCCUAACACAGAUGAUCUGGAUAGAUUCGGGUGAUUGUCAAUUGCAAUGAUGGCUUUGGUUGGGCGUUCUUCUUCAUUGUAUGUCCACGGGCUCAUUCUGACAGCACCAGCACUUCAGACAGCACUACGCUGUAGUCGACAUUCAUUUUGGUUAAAUGCGGGACAAGGGGGGUGAUGCUGCUGCUGUAGUCGAUUUGUAGUGUGUGGGCGUGUAGUUCAGUUGUGAGCACGCAAACGCGCUGCAGGGAUUGCAGGUGAACCUCCUCGGGCUUGCGUACCCUUUCCUUGCUAAUAGUGUGUGUGUGUUCUUCAGAUCUUCUGAUGGCUCUAGCAUUUUUGUGACCACGGACCGAGUCUUUGCUAGAUUUUGGGAUUAGCAACUGACACGAGUUAAUGUGAAGAAAAACAACA